CCGUCAAUUCCGUCAUCCUCGGUGCUCCGCCAUUUGCGAAAGAAAGGCCGAUCGCUGCUCUGCAGCGCAAGUGUCAUCGGUUCGGAUAUGUCGAGUGUUUGAGAAAAUUGUUAUUUUUUCGAAUAAAACUGUGUACUCGUGCUAUCAUUAAACAGUUAAAAUGAUUGUGAGAUUUUUGACCACUCUAUGCUUGGGAGUUUUGGUGGCUUCGGCGCACAGCGUCGAGGGAAACAACGACAAUGAAGAUAUUCCAUACCUGGAGCUGGCGGAGCCCGACGAGGGUUACCACGGGCUGAUCCGCGAGAACGAGACGCUCGUGGAGGUGACGCCCGCCAUCCGCGCUCGCGGCCCGCUCUGCUCCUUCCUCAUCCUCAACAACAAGCACCAUGGGGAGGCGCCAUUCGAGAUCAUGGUGAUAGAUGAGAAUGAGGCGCGGCUGCGCGUGCGCUACCCGCUCAACUGCGAGAAGCGGCGCAACUACAAGUUUGACAUCGCUGCAGUGGGCUGCGAUGGAUCCUACUCCAAUACAGUACCGGUGCACAUCACGGUGACGGACGUGAACGAGUUCGCGCCCGUGUUCAGCCAGGCGGCCUACGUGCGCGCCGUGGACGAAGGCAAGCUGUACGACGAGCUGCUGCGCGUGGACGCGACCGACCGCGACUGCACGCCGCGCUACGGCGACGUGUGCAAGUACGAGAUCCUCGGCGACGGCGACCGCGCUCAGCCCUUCUCCAUCGACAACGAGGGCGUCAUACGCAAUACGGAGCCAUUGGAGUAUGACAAGUCCCACAACCAUAUUCUUUCCGUGGUGGCGUACGACUGCGGCAUGAUGCCGUCAGCGCCCGUCAUGGUCACCAUCAAGGUCAACAAACCCUGCCGAGCUGGAUGGAAGGGGCUGGCAGAGCGCGUGGACUACGCUCCGGGUUCGGGCGCGCUUGCGCUGUUCCCGGGGGCGCGCCUGGAGGCGUGCUCGAGCGACGAGCGCUGCCCCGGCGUUACUCGCAUCCAGGCCGCCGUGUCGCUGCAGGCGUCGCGCGCGGGCGUGGCGUGCGACCGCGACACCUACACCGUGCGCGCACAGCGAGCCGUCUGCGGACUAGACCAGAAGACAAUCGAUUUACUACCCAGUCCAGGCGCGGGCAACGAAUGGGCGAAGUCUCUGAAACCGGACUCAGACCGCGACGGCGAGCAGAUGUUCGAGUUCGACGGCGAGGCCACGUCGGCCGCCGUGCCGGAGCGCCUCGUGCCGCACGCGCUGGGCGGCACGUUCGCCAUCAGCACGUGGCUGCGGCACGCGCCGCCGCCCGACCACGACAAGCACCGCAAGGAGCACGUGCUGUGCUUGGCGGACGACCACAAAAUGAACCGACACCACUACGCGUUCUUCGUACGGAACUGCCGCCUGAUCCUGCUGCUGAGAAGAGACUUCGGAGAAGGCGAUCUGAACAUCUUCAGACCCGCCGAAUGGCGCUGGAAGCUUCCCGAGGUGUGCGACAGCGAGUGGCACCACUACGCCGUGAACGUGCGCUUCCCGAACGUGGAGCUGUUCGUGGACGGAGAGCCCUACCGCGCGCCCGACGGCAAGGGCCCGGAGGUCAUCGACGACUGGCCGCUGCACCCCGCGCACGGCGUCAACACCACCCUCGUCAUCGGCGCCUGCUGGCAAGGCACGGAGAGCGACAUGAAGCACCACAUGCACGGCUGGCUGGCCGGCCUGGGCCUGCUGCUGGGCGCCGUGCACGCGCCGGCCGAGCUGCGCUGCGCCGCGCGCUGCCGCGAGGGGCUCAGCCUGGCGCCCGACCUGUAUCUGAAGUCGGUGUCCGUGGAGGGCGACGGCGCGGCGGAGGUGGAGACGCUGGUGCGGCGCGUGGCGUACGGCGACGCGCGCUCGUUCCCCACGCCCGGCCGCCGCAACGUGCACCUCGCCACCACCAUCACCUGCGACAACGGGCGCGUCAUCACGGCGCGGCCGGCGGAGUCGUACGUCAUGGUGCUGGCGCCGCAGACGCCCACCAUCCUGCUCAACGGCAGCGCGGACGCGGCGCGCGACUACGCGCACUUCCGCGCCGGCCUGCCCGUGUUCCCCGACCUGCGCGUGCGCGUGCUGGCCCGAUCCGGCGACGACGUCAAAGAAGCGGAAACCCAGAAGCUGGAUUCGUGCGUGGUGUCGGUGUACCCCGCGCUGAACCCGGACCACGAGGCGCUGGCGUUGCGCGGGGCCACGGCCCUGCCCGCCUCCGACAUCCGCGCCGCGCUCACGCGGGACGGCGCCAGCCUCACCGGCACCGACACCGUGCACAACUACCAGAAGAUACUCCGCGAUAUCGAGUACAGCAACAAGAAGCCGGCAUACUAUCUCAACCGCGUGUUCAAGCUCACCUGCUCCGAGCUCAACGGGCGGUUCACCAGCAACGAAUACGUGCAGACUUUGACAGUUGUUCACCCGCGCGCUGCCGGUGAUGUCCAUGCCCAGAGACCCAGUGGACUAGCAGACAAACUGGAUGUCGCACGAGAGAAGGAUUGGUUUAACCCUGCCGGCCCGCAGUCGCAGGCCGGCAGCCCCGCGGAGGCGCCGCUGGCGGUGAGCGUGCCGCGCGCGUUCGCCGCGCACGCGCUGCACUCGCCGCACGCCGCCGACGUGCCGUCCGCCAGGAUCCUGGACCUGCAUCCCAACCGGGAGAGGACUUCCACGAACGUGACGCUGCUGAUCGGCGCGGUGUGCGUGGGCGCGGUGGUGGCGCUGGGCGCACUGGGCGCGGCGCGCGUGCGAGCCCGCCCCCGCGCGCCCGCCCGCGCGCCGCCGCACGACGGCGAGAUGGCCUGGGACGACUCCGCGCUCACCAUCACCGUCAACCCCAUGGAAGAGACGGUGGGCGAGUGCGCGCGCGCGGCCGUGCGCGGCGCCGCGCCCGCAGACAGCUCGGACGGCGAGUCGUGCUCCGACUCCGACUCCGAACACGACUCCUCCGACGACGAAGAAGUAAUGGCCGGCAAGCAGCACAAGUACAGGAAUAUCAGCCAGCUGGAGUGGGACAACAGCACAAUGUAAUGCGCAGCACGCUAACUCUCCCCCCCACACACUUUCUCACCUCCUCGAAUUCACAAUCACCCCCUCCCGCCCCCUCGGCAGCGUACGCGCCCUCGCAAUACCCUUUGAUUGCAUCUUAGUAGCCUAUGCCCACGAUGUUGUAUGGCAGGACGAAGUUUUCUGAAUUAUAUCGUUAAAAGACAGAAAUCUAAAUAGUGUAUCGUAAAAUUUUAGUCUUGUUUUUGAUUAAAUCACCAGUUAAUGGAACCAUUGAUCCUUUAAUAACAUUAUGAUAAGCUUACAAAUGUCAAAAGCAGCAAUGUAAUGCUAGUAAUGAAGUAUCGUCUCGUAUUCAGAUAAGAACUGAGUGUGAGAUUUUAUGUCUGCAUUUACUAAUUCGAUAACGUGGUCGAAAACUACGAUUUAUAUUAAAAUGAAAAAGCGCCAUCUAGUGUAAAUACUGAUUCAAACGAUUGGAACUAGAUGGCGCUCUUUCUUUUUCUAACGUAUCAUUUAGAUUUCUGUGUCUUAACAUGAUUUGUAAUAAAUGGCGUUUGUAAUUAUCUUCGAAAAUGGAAUGUAAUUAGUAAUAACAGCCAAAAAUUGAAAUUUUCUAGAUUUCAUAAAAUAAAUGGAAACCACUAUCUAAUACUAUUGCCAGUGAAUUUUGAACCAGUUUUGACUGAGCUCUUGCAUUCCAGCCACCGUAGUUCAGAUACAUACAAACAUAUUCCAUAUUCGAGGAAAAUAUUUUUGAUUGUGUCGACUAUAAGAACUAGCGGUCGUAUAACAAAACAUAGGAUGCGAUUUUGAAGCGCAGUUUUAUAAAGGAAUGGAUUUCCGCGUAGAAGAAAAUUUAACAACAUGAAAUCAAUUUUGAUACUUAACUAUGUUUAAAUGUUUCAUUGUAAAUUAAAUAAGUGGCACAAAUAAGUGACUAUGAGUCGCAAUUUUAAUUUAAAAAUUAUUGCAAUAAUUUUACCAAUAAGUUGAAAAUACUUUAAGUACAAAAUAAUAGCUCAUUCCGUUUAAGAAAACAGUGAUAUUUUUAUUUGUCGCAGCCGAUAACUGAGAAAAGUUAUCAACCAUAUAUAUAAGUAUAUAAAUUGCCAGUCAUAUAAAUACGGCCCUACUAAGUCAUAAUUCGAUAUUGCUUCUUUGAUCAUUCAUUCCGGCGUAAAAACUGAACACUCAGUAGUAAUAGUAACAUAAAGCCGCAAUGUAAAUAACAUGAAUUGAUCAAUUGGUUUAAAAACACAGCGGCUAUGAUACAUUUUUGAUGUGAUCUUAAAAUGGUUUUCAACCUCGAUUCAAGCUCACGGUAGAAAUUACUACAUGUUACAAAUUAUAGACAUCAAAUAAAACCUAAUUACUAUUGUUAACAGAUUGAAUAUUCUAAAGGUUUGAGAUAAAAUCACUAUUUUCUUAAAAUGAAUGAAAUUGUACUCAAAUUAAACGCAACAUGGUUAUUAGAACCUCUGCACACGGCGACAUUUUCACGCGCGUCUAAAACGCUGCAAAUAAAGCUGCGUUUAACAGAUUUCGACUAUCGUAUUGACGCAACAGACUUCUAACGUAUCGACCUGUCAUUUCUAUACAAAAUUGGCGAACAUUUCAACUGUCACAGUCUUAUGCAUUUGUGUGAAGACGUUCGGUUUGCCACUUGUAGAGACAGAAACGAUUUCCAACGAAUAAGGCGCUGUAGAAGAUUUUUAUUACCGAUUUAUUGUUACAGUACAAUGCCACGAUUAGGCUCACAAAUCUUUACUACCCUUUUUAAAUAUGAGCAUCAUUAAUUGAGUGUCGCCGUGUGCAGACUACAAUACAGAUUAUAAACGCAACACUUCUUCUUAAUGUAUUUUAACAUUUGUCAGAGAGCUGAUGCCGUAGCGCGUGGGGGUCCUAUAUAUUAAGUCUCAAAAAAUGAAUCAUAUCAAAUUUAUACGUAAACCAUGAUUCCCUCGCUUGCUUUCGUAGAAACGACUGUUGUUCAGUGCAUAGAGGAUAUUGUCUUUUCUAUACUUCUACAUAUUUGUAGCUGAUUUCAAACUAAUUUCAAUGCGAUUUGGGUAUACUGACUAAAUGGACAUACAUACGCAUUUUAAUUCUAAACUUUGAUUCUACACUUCGUUUAAAUUGUUCAUUUCAUGGGUUUAACAGGCAUAAACGAUUUAUGGAAUUCUGAAAAUUACUCCGGAAUAAGGGAUUUUUCGACUUUAUCUUAAGAUGUAAGAAUGACAGAUUAACGCUAGCGAUUAACGCUAGCGGCAUUUGAUUAUUUGAUAAGUUAAACUGCGAGAACUUUAAUUUUUUAACGUCUAUAAUUUUUUUAGUCUAUGCCAUAAAUAGGCAUUGGGGGGUAAAUGCGUUGAAAUUAGUUGCAAUUCAGAGUUAUAAUCGUGAAAAAUCCAAAAAAAAAAGUUGUACCUAUGUAUGAAACAGUAGUCGUUAUUUGGUAUGGAGUCGAUCUAUUCUAAUCUAAGUGGGUUUUAGUACAUAAGUGAAAUACUAUGUAUUGUAUAUGUAUAUUACUUAACUUGUAAGACGCUUCGCCGUACAGCAGAUUCUAUUGCUUUUAUACUGUAUCAUUUUGUUUUUUUUAAUAUGUCCAGUGGCGCCAUCUGUUAUUGAUAUAACGACGCCAUAUUUGUUUUAGCAAUUAAUUCCUAGUACAACAAUGAGAGUUAGGGUGGGUUUACAUUAGGGUUUCUACCGUCGACAAACGUUACUGUUCAAAAGAGUCGAAGACUAUUUUUAAGACUCAUAGUGUAUCGUAAUCAAGACUAUAAUUACUUAAUAAAAUAUAGGUCAGUCAAUAUAGUAUAUCUUCAUGUUUUCGUCUAAACAUCGUAUCUCCAUGUCAUGUUUUUGACAAUUUAACGAGCUGCCAUAAUAGUCAUUAUCACACGAGACAGAAGACAUCCAAUUUAUGCAAAAUAUGUGGAAACAGAAAUUACCAUCAGUUGACAUUUUUAAAUCUUCAUUAUGAUAAAAUAAAUAAUUCGUAUAUCUCAGUUCUAUAAAAUAACACGCCCGUAUUAAGAAGUGGGAUAUUAAUUGGGCUGAUGAGAUUAAGAGUGACUAUUUACAUAUUCCAUCUCCUAUAUGAUUUAGAAAUUGAUAGUAAUACGUCAACCGACAAUAGCAGAACGUUUGUCGAAGGUGAAGUGUCUUUAUGUAAAUACCCCUUAAUAGUACAAGAGCGAACGUAAGUUCGGAGCAUUUUUACGUAACGGUACAAAACACUUCACGCGUAGAGUUUAACGUUUUAUUAUUAUUGUUAAAUAAAGAAAUGUCCACUUUCACCCCUUACGAGCUUCUCAAACAAAAUCGGCUUAAAUGUAUAUUAGGCACAGAGUUAUUUGAAAAAAAAAAUUACAUAGAUGUACUAUACUAUACACUUACUUAUACAAAAUAUCGUUUUAGGAUCAGCUACUGUAUAAUGAUACUAAGUAUAUAUAUAUAAUUAUAUAUAUAUUUUGAAUGCGUUAAGGGAUUUUUACUAACAUUUAGGUCAUAAGCUCAGUGUAGGUUGACGCAAACGGGCGCCGUUGGGGCCCCUGCAUGCAACAUGUUUUUCAUCGGCUGGCAGUUUAGAUAAGCCCGCGCGAGCGCGCUUACAUGACCCGGCGUGACAUUGUUUAAACUAGAGGCGGACGAUGUACGGUGAAUCUUCAUCACUCGAUUAUAAAGCCGAAAUUACACCAAAUCAUAAUUUUGUAUACCAAUACAAAUUACCAUGACCCCGAAUUGGCAUUAUAUCGAAUGUUGAUAAUGCGUAUAAACGCAACAUACGUGGCGUCGCGUGGGUGGAGUUUGGCAUGAAGUAUACUUCGGUUUGAUGAAAAGCAUGUGAAGUGCAAGGGUUCUUAGUUGUAAGAGUAGUUAAGUUUCAUUCGUUCAUUUCCGGCGCGGCGGUGUUGCCGUCCCGCUCGCGCGCCCGCCGCAUAGCGCUGUCUCCCUCUGCGGGGUUUUGCAUAUCAGGAUAGUUUGCCAUACUAGAUAUUAGUGUCCGACACUCAGAACUGUAACUAAAGCAUGGGAGUCCCAUGGAAGUAUAUUACAACCUCUAAACCAAAAAUAUUGACUGUUUUUGACGUAUGCCGAAGAAAUGACGAAGUUUAUAGGAGUAAUCUGACAGAACAUUCUAUUUCUAUCAAAAUACGUCACAAUAUAUGUCAUGGCGUCAACUGGUAUAUGGUUUAUGCAUACAUUUGCAUUUCUUUCUGCAUUAAUUUCUAAAUGUCAUAAAAAAUAAUUUUAAACCAGGGUUGUUAUAUUGGAAGAUGAUUUAUUAAAAUUAACACUUAAUAAACAUUAAAAACACGUCCCCGCCAAACGCCACACUGUUUAUGUGUUAUUGGGAAAAUAAAAAAAUAUUUGAUCUUACUCAACACGCAUGGCGUUUCGUAGAGCGGUAUGCACAUCAUCCAUGCAUUUAUAAAUUGGACCAGGUUUAGUUGGUGGGAUAUUGAUAAGCGUAUUAACAAACAUAACUUUUAACUCUCAUAGUGGGUUCCACUGCGAAGAAAAAGCACUAUAAGACUUUGUGACAGAUCCAGUCAUUGUAUUUGACAGAUCGUCGUUCAUUCGACGAUAGCGAAGAACCCUCCUAUGCUUUAGUAACGUUGCUGAGCGUCCGACUGUACACUAAGCAAUUGUGACAUAAUCAUUGGUGUUUCGUGGAUAGUUGACGUCAAAUUGUUGUCCUUCUCUCUUGGGUAUAAGUUGCGUUGGUUUGUUGAAAUGUUUGUUGUGUGCCCUUUAUGACGUUUUUUUUUAUAUAUAUUUGUAGUAGGGGUGUUUUUGAGGUCGCAGUAUUCUAUUAAUUGAAAUCACAUGACAAAUCUGGCCCGUGAUUCUUAAUGAAACCCGCGGAAUAUAUUUUGAUAUAUAUGACGUAAAAUUUGACUACCCUAAAUACACAAUCAGUUUGCAGACAGAAACGAUGUAUUCGUCAUAAUAUCACUGUCACUAUGACAAAAAUAUUGCGUGUAAGACGAUUGCGGUCUCAAAAAGCCCCUACAGUAUAGAUGGAUUCGAUUUUUGGAAAAUGAGUGAUAUCUGUCAAAAGGGGCACAAGGAUUGUAUAGGCAAGUCAUGCGAUUAUGAAUGUUGACAUAUCUUUUUUGUUUUUCGUAGUGCCAUUAAAGUUUUCUUGAACAUGACGUUUUAUCUACCUACUGUUGGAUUCCUAAACGCAAGACUUGCAUGUUUGUUUGUUUUCUAUUAAGUUUCAAUUUGUUUAGUUGAGUCUUUUUUCAACUCGACAACCGUCCAAUGACCAAUCCCAAUGUCUUGUUAUUUUUUAAGAUCUGACACUUUAAAAUUUUCCGCCAUGGCUCAAAAUAGCACAAAAUGCAGGCGUUUUGAUUUUUAACUCUUAACGAAAAAUGUAUUUCGAGGUAGCUACUAAUAUUGUAUUUUAUAUUAUUUACAUUAUUUUUUAGUUACUUUGUAUUAUUGCUGUAUUACUACUGUACACUUAGGUAUCUUCUUUGAUGUAUGAAUUAUUAUAUUUUAGCUAAAAAUAAAGUUGGUUUAAAAUAA